AUGGCGACUCCUACGCCUGGUACAUCGAAACAGAUACAUAUAGAAUGUGACCAUGCUCUGCAAGCGAACAAGAAGCGAGUGAUAAUGAACAGGACUCUUUAUACCGCGACGACGAAUAUGAUAAUAUGGACGUUUCCAGCGACAGUGACGCGAGUGAUAGCGAAUUUGAAACUAGUGAUGCUGACCAAAAAAACUUGA